GGAGCGUGCAGUCCGCCAAAGGAGAGGCCAGUGAUGAAGAUGAAGAGACGGAAUAUUUCGAUGCCAUGGAGGAUGCACCAGCUUUUAUCACUGUAACCGCAGACCCCAAGCACCACAGGCGUUCAGGCAGUAACCUGAGUGGGGCCAGCGAGGGCCACCCCGAGGACUGGAACCUGGAGGACAGUGUCUUUGAAAGCUCAAAUCAAAGCAGCUACCAUGAGUCCACUUGCAAAGAUCUCCUGCCGAAGAAAAGGAGACGGACUCGCAUCCCCGACAAACCCAACUACAGCCUUAACCUCUGGAGCAUCAUGAAGAAUUGCAUCGGCAAAGAGCUCUCCAAGAUCCCCAUGCCCGUCAACUUCAACGAGCCGCUCUCCAUGCUGCAGAGGCUCACAGAGGACCUGGAGUACCACGAGCUGCUGGACAAAGCGGUCAAGUGCGAGAGCUCCACGGAGCAGAUGUGCUUCGUGGCGGCGUUCUCCGUGUCUUCCUACUCGACGACGGUCCACCGCACCGCCAAGCCGUUCAACCCGCUGCUGGGGGAGACCUACGAGCUCGACCGGCUGGGGGAGUUCGGGUUCCGUUCCCUGUGCGAGCAGGUGAGCCACCACCCCCCAGCAGCCGCCCAUCACGUCUACUCCAAACGAGGGUGGACGUUGUGGCAGGGAAAACACAGACUUUGGCAGGAAAUCGCCAUCGCCAGCAAGUUCAGGGGCAAAUACCUCUCCAUCAUGCCUCUGGGCGCCAUCCACCUCGAGUUUCACUCCAGCGGGAAUCACUAUGUCUGGAGGAAAGUCACCUCCACCGUUCACAACAUCAUCGUGGGCAAGCUCUGGAUCGACCAGUCUGGUGAAAUAGAGAUUGUUAACCAUAAGUCAAAAGAUAAAUGCCAGCUGAAAUUUACCCCCUACAGCUACUUCUCCAGAGAUGUCCCCCGAAAGGUGACAGGGGUGGUGAGCGACGCCGACGGUAAAGCCCACUACGUCAUGUCUGGCACGUGGGACGAGAAG